AUGCUCCAAGAAAUCCAGCUAGUUCAAGGUCAGACGAAUUACGUGGUCGUUUCUUCCGGAUAUCCUUCGAAUACAUUGAAUAAAUCAUCUUUAGAGAAACGAAACGUUGCAAUAGCUCCAGCGCCUGAGAAAAAUUACGUCACACACGACACUCCACCGAAUCUACACUACAGGAAAAAGGUGCAUUUCAGAACUAAUCCGUACACUGGACCACAGGCCGCGUCAAUAGCGAGACGUAAUGCACGGGAACGAAAUCGCGUAAAACAAGUGAAUGAUGGAUUCAACGCACUUCGCCGUCACCUGCCGGCUUCUGUAGUGGCAGCUCUGUCCGGUGGCGCCAGACGAGGUUCGUCAGGGAAGAAACUUAGCAAAGUCGACACAUUGCGGAUGGUCGUUGAAUAUAUAAGGUACCUUCAGCAGUUAUUAGACGAAAGUGAUGCCGCAUUAGGUAUUACGCGCGAUCAAGAAAAUCGGGAAAAUAUUCCAAGCAAUAACUCAGUUCAGCCGAUGACUUCUAUUGACAUGGAUGACGGGUUUUUCUACGGAAGUGGAUCACCUUGUUCAGAGAAGGCAGAUUCGCCAGCUCCUUCGGAAUGUUCUUCGGGUGUGUCUUCGGCGUAUUCGGCUGUCGAUCGUUACGAGGUUACUACGCAGCAGCAAAUGGGAUCAAUGGAUGAAGAAGAACUCUUAGACGUCAUUUCAUGGUGGCAACAAAAAUAG